GCCCCCGAUGGAGCCAGCGGAUUACAAACUCCUGUUAAGUGGCGCACCGUCCCUCCUCCUCCACAUCCUGCGCCCGGAGCAGCCAGAGUCAGGCGUGCGGAGCGAAUCCUCUCCGUCCUGGAAGCCGCAAGCCGUGAGUUCAGCCCCGCUUCGUCAGUCAGCGCCCUCCCCAAAAAAAAAAAAAACCCUGCUCCAGCUCUGCAGUGCAGGAGGGGGAGAGUGUGCGUAUGUGAGUGUAAGGGUGGCGGUGUUGUGUGUGUGUGUGUGUGGGGAAGACAUAUCUACACAACAAGAGUGAGAUGGGUCCGGAGGCGGUCAGGUAUUCGUGAUUGCUGAGUGAAGGGCGGUGAAGUUCCUCUGCUCCACUCGGAUCUUUCCUGCAGGACCCCGAGUGUGUGAUUGCGCGUUCAGCAUGAGUAACAUCUAUGAGUCUGCAGAGGCCACGCUGGGCUUCAUCAGCUCCCCAUGCCUGACCAAAGUGGAGCUGAGAGUGGCCUGCCGGGGGAUCUCGGACCGCGACGCUCUCUCCAAACCCGACCCGUGCGUGGUGCUGAAGAUGCAGUCGCACGGCCAGUGGUUCGAGGUGGACCGUACCGAAGUGAUCCGCAGCAGCAGCGGUCCGGUCUUCUCUAAGGUCUUCCUGGUUGAUUACUACUUCGAGGAGGUCCAGAGGCUUCGAUUUGAGCUGCACGACAUCAGCUCUGGCAACAAUGGCCUCCGCGACGCGGACUUCCUCGGAGCCAUGGAGUGCACCUUGGGACAGAUCGUCUCUCAGAGGAAACUGACUAAAGCUCUGCUCAAACAGGGAAACACUGCUGGGAAGUCUUCAAUAAUGGUGACAGCAGAGGAGUUGUCGGGCAAUGACGACUACGUCGAACUCGCUUUCAGCGCUCGGAAACUUGACGACAAGGAUUUCUUCAGCAAGUCGGACCCUUUCCUGGAGAUUUUCAGAGUGAACGACGACGGUACCGAGUCGCUGGUGCACCGAACCGAGACAGUGAUGAACAACCUGAGCCCAGUCUGGAAAUCCUUUAAAGUUUCCUUGAACACUCUCUGCAGUGGAGACCAUGACAGGGAGCUCAAGUCCACGGUGUGGGACUGGGACUCCAACGGCAAACACGACUUUAUUGGAGCGUUCCAGACCACGUUUAAGGAGAUGAUGAGGGCAGAGCAGGAGGGCAAGCAGAUCCAGUGGGAAUGCAUUAAUCCUAAAUAUCAGAUGAAGAAGAAGAAUUACAGAAACUCGGGCACUGUCAUCCUCAACCACUUCAAGACCAUCAAAAUGUACUCCUUCCUGGAUUACAUCAUGGGAGGCUGCCAGAUUCAGUUCACGGUGGCCAUAGACUUCACCGCAUCCAACGGGGACCCGAGAAAUAGCUGCUCUCUCCACUACAUCCAUCCCUACCAACCCAAUGAGUACCUCAAAGCGCUGGUGGCUGUAGGGGAGAUCUGCCAGGACUAUGACAGUGAUAAAAUGUUCCCUGCGUUUGGCUUCGGGGCUUUGAUACCUCCGGACUUCAAGGUUUCACAUGACUUUGCUGUGAACUUUGAUGAGGAAAAUCCAGAAUGCGCUGGGAUCCAAGGCGUGGUGGAGGCCUACCAGAAUUGCCUUCCUAAAAUCCAGCUGUACGGGCCCACCAACAUCGCCCCAAUUAUCCACAAAGUGGCCUCCUCUGCCUCCGAGGAGAUGCACACCAAAGAGGCCAUGGAAUACUUCAUCCUGCUGAUCCUGACAGACGGAGUCAUCACCGACAUGGCGGACACGCGGGAGGCCAUCGUGCACGCCUCCCACCUGCCCAUGUCCGUCAUCAUCGUCGGCGUGGGCAACGCCGACUUCACCGACAUGCAGAUCCUCGACGGCGACGACGGCAUCCUGCGCUCCCCCAAGGGCGAGCCGGUCCUCCGGGACAUCGUCCAGUUUGUCCCCUUCAAGGACUUCAAACACGCCUCUCCAGCUGCUUUGGCUAAGAGCGUACUGGCAGAAGUCCCUAACCAAGUGGUGGAUUACUACAACGCGAAAGGAAUCAAACCCAAGUGUAUAUCGGACUAUGAGUCCUCAAGAACCUUCAGCCCCUGACAACGUACAACAUGCACACAUGGAUAUAUUUCUAAACAAACACUCUUAUAUACGUAUAUAAGUCACGGGGCUGUAAUGAUACAUCCAGUUUACAAGGCCAGACAAUACAUAAUGAUGGGUUCCAAAGAAUGGCAAUUUUUUUUGCGUUUUUACAUUUGAAUAAAAGUUUAUUUAAUCCAAAUUAUGUUUUAAAGGAUCUCCAUUGAGUGUAGAGAUAUCCAACUGAGGUUUGAAUACUCAAGUGUUUUUGAUUUUAAACUAGAGAUGCUGAACUGUAGUCUGUGUUUUCCUCAAAAUGCCGAAACGAUCCUUUAGCUGCUAGUCUCACAGUUUCCUAUCUCGAUGCGUAUGUUUAGGUAUUGAAAUAUGCGUCUUAUGCAGGUCUGAAGGUGAGAAAAUUAGUUCUUUGUGGAAUAUUAACAUUGCAUUAGUAUGCAUGUUUGAUGCACUUCUGGUUCGAAUAAAGCAUGUGCACUGGGAUCAAGAGUGUGGAACUUACAGCGUUCAUCUGCAAUACGACGCGGUCCGUUACUUUUGACGUGACAUCCUGUGGAGGUGUGGGGUGUUUUUAUAUAAAUUGACCCUCUGGGAAUUCCAUUUUAAUGCUCUUUAAGUGCCCCCAGGUGGCCAGAUAAAUAUCAGCCGCAUCAAUCAGAAAGUGGUUGUUGUGUGAGAUUUAGUAACGUCAUUAUUGGGUUGUUAUUAUUAUAUAGAUCUGCGGCAGCCUGGCUUAGCUGGUAAUAAAAUAUGUAUACUGCAGAGUUACAUGUGUAAGAAGGCAAUGCUGGAGAGUUAUUUACCUUGGGCAGUGCACCAUCCUGUGCCAUUGGAAUACAAGGCAUUUAAGCAAUAGUGUGACUGGGGUUUUAGGCUUAGCUCCACUGGGAGCCUGUAAAGUAGGCUCCGACUUUAGCAUCACAACUGGCGGUUAACCAGGCACAGUAUACUCAGUGGUUAUAGAAGUUGUUCAGACCCUGUCUCUCGCCGUUCCUCUCUUUUGAGUAACCAAGACGCUAAGGCAUUUUCACUGCUUCUGUAACCAAAUGCCAAGUCUAACAAGGAGUCUUUAUUAUUUGUCAACACAUAAUAUUAUUUCAUGAACUACUUCCUUCUCUUACUUCUAAGUCUCAAAUAUGGACAUCACAGGGUUUCAAACUUAAAGCACUCGCAGUCAUAUCCAGGCCUCGCGAUAAUGGCUUACAUUUACUCAACCACAAGAAAGUUAUCUACCGACUCCAACUGGAUAACGGCAGAAAAAUAUGUGUCAUGUAUUGGUUUUUCUGAUGACCCAAAAGGAUUUGAAUAACACAACUCAGGAGACAAGAACGGACAGUCCACUGCAAGCUGAGGACAACAGAGGAUCUCACAACUGAGUACCUGAACCAAGGAGUGUUUAUACUGUUGUAUUUGGUAACUGAAUGCUAUGAAUUUAAGUAAAUUAACAGAUAAGGUACGACUGUGGGAAUGUGUAAAAAAAGGCAUUGAGGGAAGGUAUUAAGUAAAGCAAGGAGCAAAAGAGUAACUGCACAUAUAAACAUAGGAAAAUGACUAAACACAAACCUUACAUCAACCAAAAGGACUAAAGUAAAAUCAAAAUCAAAGUGUUUUAAUAUUGUGAGAACCCGUGACAAGAUCUUGUUAAACCCCCUAUAAGUUAUGUAAACUACAUCCAAAUACUGUGUAAUAUAUAUAUAUAUAUAUAUAUAUAUAUAUAUAUAUAUAUAUAUAUAUAUAUAUAUAUAUAUAUAUA